AUGAGGAUCCUAAGUUGGAACUGCCAAGGGCUUGGGAGCCCUUGGACAGGUCAAAACCUUCGCAAAUUAGUGAGGGAACAAGCUCCCACUGUAUGUUUUCUUAUGGAGACAUGCUUAGAUACAGAGGGCUUUAAUACUCUGUAUGGUGAUUUUGCGUUUCAAAAUAAGAUUAUUGUUAAGUAUCCGGAUGGUGGUGGUGGUUUGGCUUUUUUAUGGAAGGAUGAUAUAAAGUUAGAGGUAGUUAACUAUACAGUAAAUCAUGUUUUAGCUAAGGUAACAGAAGAAGAUGGCGUUGUGUGGUUCAUGACAGGUUUUUAUGGGUGGCCGGAGACACAACAAAAAUUCAAGUCUUGGAAGCUCUUAGAACACUUGAAGACUUUUGUGGAGGAACCUUGGUUAUGUUUUGGAGACUUUAAUGCUAUUCUCCAUUCCUCAAAAAAGCAAAGCACUAGGCAGCCCCAAACUGCACAGAUAGAUGCUUUUCAAGAAGCUUUCGAUAGUUGUCAAUUAGAGGAUAUAGGUUAUAAAGGUUAUCCAUUUACUUGGACUAACAAGAGACCUAGUGAUGCAAAUACCAGAAUGAGAUUGGAUAGAGCUGUGGCAACAAAAGGGUGGAUAGAUAAUUUUCCAAUUAGUAAUGUGGUGCAUCUUCUUCCUCAUGCUUCAGACCAUAUUCCUAUUACUAUCCAUGUUCAAAAGUUUAGGAGGCAAAAUAGAAGAGCUGAUCGAGGUUUUAAGUUUGAAGAAAGUUGGUUGUUAUGGGAUGACUAUGAGGCAUAG